UUUCAGGAUGAAUCUGGAAAAACUCAGCAAGCCAGAACUACUGACGCUGUUUAGCAUUCUUGAGGGAGAACUGGAAGCAAGAGAUCUUGUCAUAGAAGCCUUAAAGGCCCAGCAUAGAGACACAUUCAUUGAAGAACGCUAUGGGAAGUACAACAUCAGUGAUCCAUUAAUGGCUUUGCAGAGAGAUUUUGAGACCCUGAAAGAGGGAAAUCAUGGGGAAAAGCAACCAGUAUGCUCCAAUCCCUUAUCCAUUUUGAAAGUGGUGAUGAAACAUUGCAAGAAUAUGCAGGAAAGAAUGUUAUCCCAACUAGCUGCUGCAGAAAGCAGACACAGAAAGGUGAUCCUGGACCUGGAGGAGGAGCGGCAGCGGCACGCCCAGGACACAGCAGAGGGGGAUGAUGUCACCUACAUGCUGGAGAAGGAGCGGGAGCGGCUCACCCAGCAGUUGGAAUUUGAAAAAUCCCAGGUGAAGAAGUUUGAAAAGGAACAGAAGAAGCUGUCAAGCCAGUUGGAGGAGGAAAGGGCACGCCACAAGCAACUGUCUUCCCUGCUUGUAGUGGAGUGCAAAAAAGCCACUGCCAAAGCAGCUGAAGAGGGGCAGAAGACAGCAGAAUUGAGCUUGAAAUUGGAAAAAGAGAAGAGUAAGGUGAGUAAACUGGAAGAGGAACUGGCAUCCAAGAGGAAGCGGGGUUUACAGAUGGAAGCACAAGUAGAAAAGCAGCUCUCGGAGUUUGACAUUGAAAGAGAACAGCUGAAAGCCAAGCUGAACAGAGAAGAAAACCGUACAAAAGCACUUAAGGAAGAGGUGGAAUGUCUGAAGAAAGCCCUGAAAGAGCUGGAGGCUUCUUGCCAGGAGCACAGUCCUACCGAGCCUCUGCAGCCCAGCCCCUUAGUGGUGUCCAGAGGGGUUGCAACUGAUGGCCCCCCAGUGAAGUCUGUGUCUUGCCAGACAGAGUGUGUGCAGGCAGACCGAGCAAAUCCUGCCAGCACAAGCAAAGCUGUGCACACCACAUCUCCCAGCCCUACUACACCUACUCAUGCCUAUGCAAAGUCCAAUGGUCAUUAUGAUACAGAUGUGCAGACAGGAAGUGAGCUACUGCAGACAACUGCACCAGAGAGCCAAGUUCAAAAGGAGAAACCUGCUGGUGCAGCUUCAGAAAACACAGUUGAGAAUGGAAGUUCUCCUGUAAGAACAGAGUCACCGGUGCAUCUGAUGUCCCAGCUCCCUUCUGGUGGGGUCACCCUGUCUCCCAGCAGCACAGCUGCUUCCUCUCUUACACCUUCUCCCUGCUCCUCACCAGUCUUGACUAAACGCUUAGUGGGAGCUUCAGCAAGCAGCCCUGGUUACCAGUCAUCCUACCAGGUGGGGAUCAAUCAGCGUUUCCAUGCAGCUCGGCACAAGUUUCAGUCUCAGGCUGAACAGGACCAUCAGUCCAGUGGUCUGCAGAGCCCUCCGUCCCGGGAUCUGUCUCCUACUCUAGCAGAUAACUCUGCUGCCAAGCAGUUGGCCCGCAAUACAGUCACUCAGGUCCUUUCCAGAUUUACCAGCCAGCAGGGACCUAUUAAACCUGUCUCCCCUAACAGCUCACCUUUUGGCACAGACUAUCGAAACCUGGCGAAUGCUGUGAGCCCCAAAAACGAAUCUGGUCACUCUCCAAGCCCUGGCAAGGUUUCCAGCCCACUAAGCCCGUUGUCUCCUGGAAUUAAAUCACCGACCAUUCCUAGAGCAGAAAGAGGGAACCCUCCUCCCAUUCCCCCAAAGAAACCCGGCCUCGCUCAGUCACCUGCUGCUCCUGCUCCUCUAACCAAAACCUCUUCCCAAGCAUCCUCGCUGGGUGCCCCCAUGGACGUGGCAAGUAGCUGCUCUAACAACACUGUAGUGUCAAAUGGCAAAGACAUUGAGAUACUCCUGCCAACUAGCAGCUAGUCUCCAGAAAAUGUGAAUGUGACAUUCCAUGGCUUAGCAUCCCAGAGCUAAGACACUGUUUUUCCACUCCAUGUUAUUUAUUGCCAUAGUAGCAGAUUCUGUCUGUAUAAAGCAUUUAGUAUAUUUGUUUUCUUUUUUGAAUAGGUAGGGAAAUAUUUUUGUUUAUGAAGAAACCUUAACCACAGCUAUACAAUAGCCUCAAAAUGUCUCCUGGCAACAGUCAAAUAUAAAGAAGAACCACAAUUGUGUGGUGGGACCUAACUAUCAACCUCUAAUGGGACUGAAAUGCUACUUUAAACUCUGCAGAAAUAACUUUUGCAGACUUUUUACUCCAGAUGAACAUUAUCUAAAAAGUGCCUGAUCUAA